GCUGGCGAGGCCCUGUAAGUAGGAUUUUGUAAGUGGUAAAAGAGUACAGAAGGGGAAGGUUUCUCUGCCAAAAAGGCAACUCGCGAUUGGCAGCAAUUUGCAGGAGUCAGUUUCCGUUAGGUCCAGCGCCAAGUGGAGCAAGUCGUGCAGCGUCGAGUCGUGUUGGUAGUGCGGAAAAUCUCGUCGUCGCGUGUCGAGAGGCGUGCACUGUCCCGAAGCCGCUCAUAUCGCGAACUUGCGCUCUACUACGAGAGGCCAAAGGAGACCAGCGAGGCUCUUCCCUCUUCGUCUUAUUCUCCCACGGGCUCCAGCUAGACAACAGACGCAAUCUAGUCGAGAGUCGGUCUCUUUUUCAGCAUGACGGUGCGCCGCACAGAGGAGCUGCAGGAGUGGAUCUGUAGCGUCACAGCCACGGCCAACGAUCAUGGCGAGCACCUGUCGGUUAUGCUUCGCGACGGCCAGUUACUGUGUCUGCUCGCUAAUGGUGUGGACCCGACGGCCAAUCUCAAAGUGAACAAGCUCAACACGGUUUUCCACUCGAAAGCCAAUAUUCGUCUCUUCCUCGAAUGGUGCAAGAAGCAGGGUCUAAACGAGGGCGAAAUCUUCCAGCCUGACGAUCUACUGGACGCCGGCGCCGACUUUACUACCGUGCUUGAGACGCUCUCCAUCUUGUUCGACAGAUUCGGCACUAUCGGCUACACGGGCGAGUACGAAGAGGAUCCAGUAUCAGAUGCAGAGUCCAUGACGUCCACAGGCAGCUCGCAGGGCACGUCACCUGUCAAGAAGACGAACAGUAACAACAAACUCACGAAUUUCAUGAAAGGCGGGUUUUUAUCAAGAAAAAAGAAGUCGAGCAAGAAGGUGGUGGACAAAUCCCCCGAGAGAACGCCCCCUUCGACGCCUCCACCAAUGUCACCGCAAGUUGGAGCGGGAAUAGUGUCUCCUUCAAACUCCCCGCCUUCGACGCCUGUGGAGCCACCUCCGAAGGACACAAGGAGCAACAGCGGAGGUGCCAAUGCCAACCGUUUGAACGCCUUCUUGAACCAAGUGCCGGCGUCACACGGCUCCCCGUUGACGCACGUUGAGCGUCCAUCAGGUCCGCCCAAGAAGGCCAAUGCCGCGAGGAAGCCGCCGGCACCAAAGCCCCAGCCGACUGUGAGGAGACCAGCGUCGCCCAAGCAGCCCCCCAAGUCCCAACCGACUGGCGGUGACGCCCGUAACAAGUUCGCAGCCUUCAUGAAGUCCAACCCGCCUGCUGUCGAGACGACGGGCCCGUACACCGGGUCUGCAGGUAAUAAGCCACCUUCCCCACCCAAGUCUGCUCCUGUCCGAGGACGUGGCACGUCAAGCGACCAGUUCGCGCAGCGCAAGGCUGUCUUCACUCAGGGCAACAGUAGUCCGAAGCCUGACAAGUCUGCCCCUGCUCCCUCGAAGCCAACCGUCAACACUGGAGGUGGCAACAAGCUUAACGACUUCAUGAAGCAGCAACCGUCCGCGUCACCUGCUUCCUCGACGAAACCCCGAUCACAGAGCAAGCUGGCUGCUUUCCUGGCGUCAACGAACUCGGUGCCGUCAAUUGCGACAACAUCUGCGGCUGCGCCGCCAAAGCCGGCGUUUGGUGCCUUUAACCCGUUGAAGAACGCUCCGGCUGGUGGCCGAUCAGCUUCCAAGACAGCAUUUAAUGCACCUACUCCUGCAGCCCCGACACCGUUCAAGCCGCGCCACAUGAUUGAGCGUUCCACAGGUCGCGGCAACUACGUUCGUAAGCGUCAGACGUACUGGGUGCCUCCUAAGCGUCGACGCAACAAUUUCAGCUUGGAGAAGAAGCGCAAGGCGUUCAUGCACGAGCAGCUAGAAAUUAAGGAGGAACAGCUCCGUCAACAGGCUGCAGGUGCCAGCAACAAGCAGAAUCUGAUCGUGCCAGGUGUGCAGUGCUAUAUUCCUGACAAGGAGGAAGUGUGGCUACUCUCCGAGAUUGUGGACUACAACGAUCGCCGAAAAGAAGUGACGAUCACAGCGUUCUUGGACUCAGGAGACUCGGAGCAGCGUGUUGUGGAUCUCAAGAACCCAGACGUCAUUCGCGCAGUUGCUGGACCGACAGCCACCGAAGUGGAGUCGCUACCCGUUGCUAUUCUCCACGAUAACCCGGAGGGCGUGGAGGAUAUGCGUUUGCUACGAUACUUAAACGAGCCUUCAAUUCUGUUCAACUUGAAGCAGCGUUUCGCCGCCUCCAAGCCCUACACGUACACCAACGACAUUGUGAUCGCUGUCAACCCGUACAAGUGGAUUGAUAACCUCUAUGGUGAUCAUCUUCACGAGCAGUACUUGAAGAAGCCACGUGACUCGCUGCCUCCGCACGUGUACUCGACGUCUACAGCUGCCUACAAGCACAUGAAGACUAACGAAAUGAACCAGAGUAUCCUGGUCAGUGGUGAGUCUGGUGCCGGUAAGACUGAAACGACCAAGAUUGUCAUGAACCACUUGGCCAGUGUGGCUGGUGGCCGCAAGGACAAGACUAUCGCGAAGGUUAUUGACGUGAACCCGCUUCUCGAAUCUUUCGGUAAUGCCAAGACGACACGGAAUGACAACAGUUCGCGGUUCGGUAAGUUCACGCAGCUGCAGUUCGACGGCCGAGGAAAACUCAUCGGUGCCAAGUGCGAGACGUACUUGCUGGAGAAGUCGCGUGUGGUGUCGAUCGCCGAGGGUGAGCGCAACUACCACAUUUUCUACCAGCUUUUGGCGGGUCUGCCUAGCCGUGAGCGCAAGGAGUUUGGUCUGGACCCUGAAUGCCAAUACCAAUACGCUGGUUCCCUCGCGGAAAUGCAGAUCCCUGGUCUGGACGACGCGAAGUGGUUUGCAGGCACGCAGAAGUCGCUGUCCAUCAUUGGACUGGACGACAAGGCGCAAAAGACGCUGUUCAAGAUCCUGGCUGGUGUACUGCUGCUGGGUGAGGUCAUGUUCGACAAGAGUGGGGAGAACGGGUCGCGCAUUUCUAGUGGUUCGGCGCUGUCACAGGUUGCCAAGAUGUUUGGUCUUCCCACCACGAGAAUCGAGGAAGCACUGUGCAACCGCACGGUCAUUACUCGCAACGACAGUGUGACGGUGCCGCUGGCUCCUGUGGAAGCAGCGGAGAACCGUGACGCGUUGGCUAAGACUAUUUACUCGAAGAUGUUCGACUGGAUGGUGGUAAAGAUCAACGCUGCUAUCAGCACGGACGAGAGCCGCAUCAAGGGCCAGAUUGGUGUGCUGGAUAUCUUUGGUUUUGAGGACUUUGUUCACAAUGGCUUCGAGCAGUUCUGUAUUAACUACGCGAAUGAGAAGCUGCAGCAGAAAUUCACUACUGACGUCUUCAAGACUGUGGAGGACGAGUACAUCCGUGAAGGUUUGCAGUGGGAUCACAUCCAGUACCAGGACAACCAAGGUAUCGUGGAGGUGAUCGAAGGUAAGAUGGGUAUCAUUGCAUUAAUGAACGACCACCUUCGUCAGCCCCGUGACACAGAAGAGGCUCUGGUCAACAAGAUCCGCACGAACCAUCAGACGAAGAAGGGUGGCGGUGUGAACGAGAGUAUUGACUUUCCCAAGGUGAAGCGUACGCAGUUCAUCAUCAACCACUACGCUGGUUCCGUCACGUACGAGACGGUGGGAUUCAUGGAGAAACACCGCGAUACAUUGCAGAAGGAUCUGCUUGACUUGAUCCAGCUCAGCAGUCUUUCGCUGCUUCCGGAGCUUUUCGAAGACGCUGAGGCGACCACGGAAGGUGGCAGUGGACGUGGCAAGAAGGCCCCGAAGAGUCUAGGCUCGCAGUUCAAGACGUCGCUGGCGCAAUUGAUGGACAACAUCAAGACCACCAACACUCACUACGUGCGUUGCAUUAAGCCCAACCCGAACAAGAGUCCGACGGAGUUCAACAAGCGCAUGAUCGUGGAGCAGUUGCGAUCGGCCGGUGUGAUCGAAGCCAUUCGUAUUACUCGCUCUGGUUACCCAAGUCGUCUAACCCCGAAGGAACUCGCUACGCGAUACGCCAUCAUGUUCCCGCCGUCCAUGCACAGCAAGGAUGUCCGUCGUACGUGCAGCGUUUUCAUGACAUCGAUCGGUCGGAAAUCCCCGCUGGAAUACCAGAUGGGUAAGACGCUGAUCUACUUCAAGAACGGUGUCAUGGAAGAGCUGGAGGCCAUGAAGUCCGACUUCAUGUACUACGAAGCACGUACUAUUCAGCGUAUCGUCUUGGGCUUCUUGGAACGUCGCCGUCUGCGCAACAAGAUCCGUGCUGCUAUUGUACUGCAGUCAUAUGCUCGCAUGUCAUUGGACUUUAAGGAGUAUCACUUCCAGCGUCGUGCGAUCAUCAAGAUUCAGCGUGGUUGGAAGAGGUACAAAUCUAUCCCCGUUGAGCCUGAAUACGAGGACUACAACAACGGUGGUCAGUGGGUGGAUGAGAUUGACGACAUUGACGACUCGGAUGCCGACGAGGGCUUUGGCGACGAUCCGGCUUCGAUCCGUGCUGGACGCGGCCGGUCAAUUGCGGACAGGAUGGAGUCGUUCAAGGUGGCUCACUCCGGUCGUCGUGGCAGCGUGAAGCGUCUGAAUGAACUGUCGGCGCGUGCCAAGAGUUUCAUGAAGCCGCGUAGCGGUAGUGGCAGUACUUCGAGCUCGAGCGGCAUCUCGUUGGAGGAUGAGAACUCGAUGCUUAAGAUCGAGAACCGCAACCUGAAAUACGAUCUGGAACUGAUGCGUGAGCAGUGCAUCGAGUUGCAAGCCAUCAUUCUCGAGAUCAACAAGAGCCGCAAGAGGUAAAAAUGGCGUGACGACAUGUAUCCCUCGCUGCGAGUUGAGCAUAAAGUCAAGGCCGCAGCCAGGUGACAAGAACAGUUUUAAGUAAACGCCCCCAAGGCGUAUAUCUGUAUCGAAAGACCAGAACAGUUUUCUCUUUCAACAUGUGAAGACGUUGAGUAGUUUUAC